AUGCAGCAGACACCACAAAUGAUUCCUAUGAUGCCUUCGUUCCCACAGACAAACAUAACCACCGAACAGAUUCAAAAAUAUCUUGACGAAAAUAAGAAAUUGAUUUUGGCAAUACUAGACAAUCAAAAUCUUGGGAAACUCGCAGAAUGUGCCCAGUAUCAAGCUCAACUUCAGAAGAAUUUGAUGUAUUUAGCUGCAAUUGCUGAUGCGCAGCCACAAACACCAACCUUGCCUCCGCAGAUGGCCCCGCACCCUGCUAUGCAACAACAAGGGUUCUUUAUGCAGCAUCCUCAAGCUGCCGCAAUGGCUCAACAACAAGGGAUGUUCCCGCAAAAGAUGCCGAUGCAAUUCAGUGGUAAUCCACAUCAAAUGCAGGACCAACAGCAACAGCAGCAGCAACUUCAUCAACAGGCUAUGCAAGGUCAAAUGGGACAUAGACCCGGUGGGAUAAACAACGGUAUGCAUCCAAUGCACAAUGUGCACAAUGAAGCUGCUCUCGGUGGUGGUAGUGGUCAGAAUGAUGGACGUGGUGGUGGAAGCAAGCAAGAUGCUUCUGAAACUGGGACAGCCGGUGGAGAUGGUCAAGGAAGUUCUGCUGCCACUGCAGCCACGCAUAACAGCGGAGACGCAUCGGAAGAGGCGAAGUGA